UGGACUUGCACAAUGACCCUACAGUUGACGCUGCAACAACGUAACAACAUUAAGCCAUUCUCGCAUUCUUUGAAAGCGUUAGCAAAUGUUUAUCCGGCCAUAAUAAUUUUAUUAGCAACAGCAACAACAAUACAAUGGAAAUGUUUAAACUGCUACGCCCUUACACUACAGUGUCCGCUGUAUCAAAUGCAUUUGCAAAAAAUCGUUGGCUUUCGACCGCCUCUGGAAUAUAUGACGGCUAGCAAUUUAUUCUAUUCACCGGCAAAAAGCAAUUACAAAAAUCGUAAUCGCUAUACACGUGAUGGUUAUCCAAUCAACUUCGAAGAUCAGCGAACACCACCGCCACUGCUAAACAACAGCGUUCUACAAUUUCAAAGUACAACCAGUUCCGAAUGUUGGCGUAUUUGUAAUCGAGAUGAUACCUGUUUUGCCUAUGUCCAUCUUUUGGAUACCAACGAAUGUUAUGGUUAUUCAUAUUUGAAAAGAAGUGACAUGUAUAUGGCCGUGGGAAAUAAUUUACCCCUGUUAGCUGAUGGUGAAGCCGUCUUCUAUGAGAAGACAUGUUUGAAGGUACCCGAAACGUGCAAACAACGUCUAUGGACCUUGACCAAAAUGCCCGGAAAUAGUUUGGUAUUCCAGGGAAAGAAAACAAUAUCGACAUUGGUCACGCGACGUGAAUGCGCUGAGAGAUGUCUAUUCGAACAUGAAUUCCAAUGUUUAUCUGCAUCGUUUGCACCCUCCCAUCGCAAUAAUCAUGAGAGAUUUAUUGCUUGUCGAAUACCCGAGAUGAGACCUAAUUUCCUAGCAGAGGCAGUUGGACUAACAAUUGAGCGUGAAAAGCUCCGUCGGCUCUCAAAUUUGUCGCGCGGCAUAAGCGAAAUAAAUAGUUUGAGCAUCUUAAGUGUGGCAACAUUGGAACCGGGCAACGGACUGAUAGUUGUUGCAUCGCGUUGUCCCGAUGAUAAUUGUUUAAGUACAACAAAUAGUGGCUCCAAUUGGUAUCCAAUAAAAUCGGAAAUGUCCACAACGAAAAGGCGACGAAGAAGACAGGCUACAACGGCCCAGGAUAAUCUGCAACAAUUUAAAGUACAAAAUCCAGUUUAUAUCUCAACGGUAAUGGAUGUUGUCACCAUACCAGAAAAUGACGAAAAUAAUAAUUACACAAUUUCAACACCAAAUGAGACGGAAAUCAAUGCCACCGAUUCAAUACCAUUAAAUUUUAAUUUACAUGUUCGCGGCCCGGAUAAUACAAACACGAAUAGUUUUAUAUAUGGAGAGAGGGGGGUUCUACUCAUAGCCGGUAUAGAUGAUCAACUCCACAUGGAAAGCGUUUGCAUGAAUCAAAGCCUACUGAUUGCCUUGCUUAUCUUCUGGUUGAUAUUCCAAAUUGGUCUUAUGUUUAGCUGUUGUUUUGUCAUACAAAAAUAUAAACGCUUGGCCAUGUUGGAUGAGGAACGUCGCAAAAUUCACGAAAGUCUAGAGUAUUUGGAGGGACGUCGCGUCCAUUGGGCCGAUCAAGGUGGUUAUACAUUGUAAA